AUGAUAUAGAAGAAACAACAACCUGCAGUUUUGUUGAGAAACUUCUCCGGCAGCUCUCAUUUGAUUCAGAGAGGAUUAAUUUGCUCCUCUUUAGUGGUCAGAAAGUAAUCAAGGUAGCCUCUACACAGGUUGGAAACUUCAUAGUGGCUAAAGGUAGAUGGAGAAAUCAGUGAAUCAGGUUUCACGAGGUUCGACCACAUUCAUCCAAGCAGAUAAAACCAGUUUCCGCGAGCUUGUCCAGCGAUUAACCGGUCCAUCCACAGAUUGUGAUAGGAAAUCCUCCACUACACCUUCCAAUGAAGCAACAAAUGAUGGGGCAACUGUGAAGGUCACAGGAAUCAAAAGACCCACAUCCAAACUCCAUGAAAGGAGGGAAUACACAAGGACCAAGCUUGAGAUAGUUAAACCGGGUUUAUCUGUUUUACAAACAUCUGAAACUGGUUUUCAUUUCAAUGACCGGGCUCCCUCUCCAUCCCAAUCUGGUAACUUUGCUUUCAAUACAAGCCCUUUAGGCACCCCAUCUAAUGCUUUAUUCAAUCUUUCAAUCUCUGGUGAAGAAGAUGAAGAAAAGUCAAAAUCAGUGCCAUCCGAUCAAAAUAGAGAAGAAGAAGAAGAGAAAGCCAUAAGAGAGAGAAGGUUUUACUUUCAUCCUUCACCCCGGUCUGGACUGGGAAAUGUUGAACCGGAAUUACUUCCUUUGUUUCCACUCACAUCUCCUAAAUAUUGAGGUUGGUACUU